AUGAUAGCUGAAGAAACAAAGAAACGUCAUAUUGGGACUAUCGACAAGGAUGAUUCAUAUAAAAUAUCUCCAAGUAAAAAAGAUCACAAUAUAUCUAAUAAGAGAGUUAAACUCGAUAAUACAAUAGAAAAGGAAGUCGAUCCCUUAGAACCAGAUUUUGCCGAUAUCAGUAGAGUUAUUAUGACUGAAGAAAAAUCUUCACAAGACAAAGAGAUCCAACCGAGCUCGUCAACAGAUGAUAUUAGCAUAGUUGACAAAGAUCAGAAUAGUACGGGGUCGAAAAGAAAUAGCGUAUCGGUGGAAUUCAUAAGCAAAAGAAAUAAUUACUCAGAUGAUAUCACGGAAUAUAACAUUGAAAAAAAUAUUAAUGAGGAUAAAUAUAGGAGAAGAAAUAGCAUCAUUGAAGGUGAAGAUAAAUUAAUAAAUCAAUGGCAUAAACUACAAAAGAUUGCAUUCGAAAAGACAGGAGAUGCAAAGAUAUAUAAACCUGGAGAUGACCCACGAGACUUUAACGUUUUAUGGAGAGGUUAUGUUAAGGUUUUGAAUAAAGCUUGUAAGAAAGUUAAGACUUCAGGAGAGAAGAAAGACAAUGAUAUUGAUGGAGAAGUUGAAAUUGAAAAUAAAAUUGUAAAAGAACCUGGUUUACAAGAAGAUCCUGAAUUGGAAUUGUUCGAUGAAAUGACCACAGAAGAGAAAAUUAUGAAAUUGAACAUUUUCCUUAGAUCUGAGAUAUAUUUUUGUUGUUACUGUGGAGUAAGGUAUAAGAAUGAACAAGAGUUAUACGAACAUUGUCCCGGCAUAAAACAGGAGGACCACGAGUAA